GCAGCUGAGUCCAUGGCCGCCGUGCUGUCCUACGAGAGCCUGGUCCACGCCGUGGCAGGCGCUGUGGGAAGCGUGACCGCCAUGACGGUGUUUUUUCCUUUGGACACCGCUAGGCUUCGACUUCAGGUUGACGAGAAGCGGAAAUCCAAGACGACACACAUGGUGCUGAUGGAGAUCAUUAAAGAGGAAGGCCUCCUGGCACCGUAUCGAGGGUGGUUUCCUGUUAUCUCCAGCCUUUGCUGCUCCAAUUUUGUCUAUUUCUACACUUUUAAUAGCCUCAAAGCUGUCUGGGUCAAAGGUCAACAUUCUACCACUGGAAAGGAUCUGGUCGUUGGAUUUGUGGCAGGUGUGGUGAAUGUGCUCCUGACCACUCCGCUGUGGGUGGUGAACACCCGCCUGAAGCUCCAGGGGGCCAAGUUCCGAAAUGAAGACAUUGUGCCCACCAAUUAUAAGGGCAUCCUGGACGCCUUCCAUCAAAUCAUGCGAGAUGAAGGGGUCCUGGCUCUGUGGAAUGGCACUCUUCCCUCACUACUGCUGGUCUUCAACCCGGCCAUUCAAUUCAUGUUCUAUGAAGGGCUCAAGAGACAACUCUUGAAGAAGCGGGCACAGCUUUCUUCUUUGGACGUGUUUAUCAUUGGGGCCAUCGCCAAGGCCAUUGCCACCACAGUGACCUACCCGAUGCAGACAGUGCAGUCCAUUCUGAGGUUUGGACGCCAUAGGCUGAACCCUGAAAACAGAACAUUAGGAAGUCUUCGCAAUGUCCUUUACCUCCUUCACCAGCGAGUAAGGCGCUUUGGAGUGAUGGGACUUUACAAAGGCCUGGAGGCCAAGCUGCUGCAGACCGUGCUUACGGCUGCCCUCAUGUUCCUAGUCUAUGAGAAGCUGACAGCUGCCACCUUCACGGUCAUGAGGCUGAAGAACGGGCAUAGGCGCUGAGAGGGAGGCUGGCACUGGAAGGGGCCAGAAGGAGGAGUGAGGCCAGGGACCUGAGAGAAAGCCCUGACCCUGCUGCCCUCAUCACUGGCCCUGCAAGCAGCCCGGGGGCAUGUGGCCUGCAGGCCAGCCAGACUGCUGCCAGCUUGGUUAUCAUGAUGGACAAAUAGUCUUUGAGAAAUCGAAGGUUUAUUAAAAUCUGCAAAUGAAAACAUUUCUAUUUUACAAGAGUUAGAUUGGUUUUCUUGAGAAGGUGGCAGUGGUGUCUGUCCUCUUGGCCUUUAUCCUUCAGAUUUUCCUCCUUCAAGUUACUGGUGGGGCUCAUUCUGUGGUCUUGUCACAGGACCAUGGCCACGUAGCCCUGCCAUUCCUUUGUCCUGUGCUCUUGAGGGGACAGGCCUUUACUGGGCUCUGGUCUGUGUUCUGCUCUCUGGGGUCUUAACCACAGGCAUUCCCAUGAUGCUCCCUGCCCCACUCCCAAAUGAGGAAACUCCUCCCAGUGUGGCUAGGGCCUCGCUGCCACUUCUUGUCUUGGGGGCUGCCUAGGGCGAGGAGAUGUUAAGUAAGUCGCCCAGGCUGCCAGGUGGGGUCCAAGGCCAGCUCUGUCCACUAGACCUUAUAAUGGAGAAGCAUUUCAGCGAAUUCCACAGCAACUCUGUGUAUCGAGGCCUCAGUGAGUCAGAUCCAGUGUACUUUCUGGGAGAAAAGAAGGCCUGAGGACUAGCUGGGAUAAAUGUGGGGCAUAUUGAUAGAGCACUUUAUGAUCAUCCAAUAAAGUCUUACCAAACA